AUGAACAACAACGUUGGACAAUUUGGAGACACAACUCUUACCAAAGUUUUUAUUGGAGGGUUAGCUUGGGAGACUCCUAAGGAUGCCCUCAAAGAACACUUUGAGAAGUACGGUGAGAUCCUCGAAGCCGUCAUCAUUUCCGAUAAGUUUAGUGGCAAAUCCAAAGGCUAUGGCUUUGUGACGUUCAAGGAGGCUGAGGCUGCGAAGAAGGCUUGCGAGGACUCAACAAAUCUCAUUAUCAAUGGCCGUCGAGCAAAUUGCAAUUUGGCUUUCCUCGGUGCUCGUCGCUCAAAGUCUCCUUCCACUGCUUCAUCGCCACCUCCAAAACCACAAGAAGGAUCAAACGAUGGAGGAGCGAGGAGCAACGCAUCAAGCGCACCAGCCAAUCACGUGCAGCGGUAUUAUCCGGUGGGGACACCGGUUUCCCUGUUGCAUCAUCCCUUCUAUGGGUACACACUUGUCACGGACAUAAAUUACAAUUACAAUCAGAAGCUGUGCUACGGCAAUGGUGGGGCCUACAUGAAUGGGCACCAGUUUUACCAGGUGUACCCGAGGAAUGCUAUUAUGGGUGCGAGCACAAUGAUGCCAAUGUACCCUCUCUAUCAUUGUCAUCAUCCAUUAGAUGGCAAUGGGGCAUUUUGGGCCAACACACAUCAUGUCCAAGCCAGCAUCCAUCAUUCCUCACACAGGUGCGACACAUGA